GUCUCUCACUAAUCUAGUUAUUUUCAACAUGGCGGAUGAAUUUACACCUGAAAGACAGAGGUCGGAGUUUCUAUCAAAAAUUGGCGCUCAAUACGCACAAACGAUUCCAGAAAUAUCAAGAUUUUAUUUCAACCAGUUUGAGCAAUACAGCAAAGAGUACCAAGGUGGUCAAAUUCAGGGACUUCGGGAAAAAUACUGCGAAAAAUGUGGCAGUCAAUUCGAUGCGAAAAAUUGCAAAGUAAGGAUUGUUAAAAAAAUUAAAUCAAAUAAGAGAAGGCGGUAUAAGAAACAAGUGUCAAAUAGUGUGGAUGGAAUUACUUCAUCAAGGAAGAGAUUUGGAAAAUACGAACAUUCUACCAAGUCCAAGAUUGCACAUAGAAAAAGAUGCCUCAUAUCAAAAACAUGCCAAAUUUGUGAGAAUGUGACUUAUAUAGAAGGCACACAAAGGCAAAUAAGAAAAGAAAAAAGCCCACCAAAUGACUUAAGCAAUAUGACCCCAAUUUCUGAUAAAGAUCCCAAUACAAACUCCACGCCCAAGAUGACGCAGUCUGCAAAGAAACGCCAGAGGAUCAAUAUGAGGUUGAAUAAACUUAAACUUGAAGCCAAAAGACUAUCUGAGGUUGAUUUACAACAGGUAAACAAGAGUCAGACAAGCUUAGCAGAUUUUCUAUCCAGUGUGUAGGUCAGCUAGACUCAGACAAGCCUGGCAGAUUUCAUACGCAUUUGGCAAAUUAUACUUUACUAAGCCCUCUCCCCAUACACUUUAUCACUUUAUAAAAAAAAUCUAAAUUAAGCACAAAUCCUCAAAGAAAUAAACCUGAUCAGUGAUUCUGA